AUGCUAUCGAUAAAAGAUAAUCAAACUGAUAAACAAUCAUGUUUUUCUGCAAGAGAAAAACGAAAUAUUGUAAUUUAUAUAGUUGGUAUAGUCAUUUACAAAUUUGGUUUAGAAGCAUUUAAUGGAUCUAUAAUGACUCUGGCUACAAAUCGUUAUGAUCAAGAUGCUUUAAAAAGACGAAUAGCUCCACAUACAUUUGAACGUGUUGGAUUACUUUUUGGUUUAAAUCAAGCAUCACAAUGUGUUGGUUCUAUGCUCAUUGCUCCACUUAUUAAACAUUGGCCUUCUCGAAUUAUUUUAUCAAUAGCAAUAUUUAUUUUUGCAUCAUUCACUGCCAUUUUAAUUAUUCUAGAUGUUGCUACUGGUGGAUCUAUAAAACCAAAAAAUUUUAAUUUAACAAAUCAAAAUGAUUUUAGUUAUUAUGGUCAUUACAAAACUGAUUUGAUAAUACUUAUUUUUGCUACAACUGGUAUUGCGUAUGGAACAGUUGAAUCGACUCAUCGAGUUAUUCCGAGAGAUUUGGUUGGUCAUAAUAUUCAAAAAUUACAAAGAUUUGAUGCAUUAGUUCAUAUUUUUUAUGCUACAUCUGGUGCUAUUGGAGCUUUUGUAACUGGCCUUAUCUUAAUUCCAAGGCUAGGAAAUAAUCAAGCAUUUAUCAUUACACCAAUAUUGUUUACUGCAGCAGGAAUAGUAUGGUUAUUCAUGAGUUCUGUGAAGAGAAAAAAAAGCAAACAAAAAGACAAAAUAACAUCAAAUAGUAAAAAAUUCAAAUCAAUUUAUUUUAAAAUAAUUCUUAAAAAAGUAAUCGCGUUUGGACAAACUUUUUAUAUUAGUGGAAAAAUUAUUUUUACAAGUCGAAAAUAUAUUUGGUUAUUUAGUUGUUAUUCAUUAACACUUUAUGCUCAUCGAUAUCUUGAAGAUGGUAUUGCUCCACAAGUUGCUAGACGAUAUUUAGGUAAUUCUGCUUGGUCAGAAAUUAUUGUUGGAGGAUCAAAUUUUGGAGAAUUACUUGGUGCUUUUUUUGUAUUAUUUUUAUCUAAGUCAAUUCACAAUCCUAUACCUUGGUUACGAUUAAGUGCAAUAGUAUUGAUUAUUAUUUGGUAUAUACCAUAUUGUUAUCCUCCUAUGAAUAAUAUUAAAUAUGCUUGGAUUAUUGCUUUAACAUUUAUUCCUAUAUCAUUUGGAUGGUCUGCUAGUGAUAUAACACUUGCUGCUCAUAUACAAUCAUCUAUGACACGUCUUGAAUCAACAUAUGAAGAAGUCUCUGUUUUAGGAGCUGUUAUGUCAUUUCUCUAUUCAUCUUAUAUUAUUAUUUAUGCUAUUGCAAAUCCAUUUCUUGGAAAAUAUAUUGAUAGAAUUUAUAAGACUCAUGGAACCAUAAGACCAGCACUGGUUUAUACUGCUGGUGUUCAGUUUACUUUGAUUAUGGGAAUUGUUUUAGCAUCUACUUUUAUUCCAGCAGGCGCUUUUUCAUUGAAUCCUAAAAUCGAAGAUCAAGAAGAAGAUUUAUCGGAAGAAGAUGACAAAUCAGAUGUAUUAAUCGAUAACAAUCAUCAAUACAUGGAAUCUAUCAAAAAUUGA